GCAAUCCCUGGAUAGGCCUAGUGUGGAAAAAUAAGCCUAGCUCUGUGUCAGUAGGAUUUGGUGCCUUUGAAGAACCUCUCCCCAUUGAUGUUUCACAAUCAGAUGAUGAUUGUGAUGAUAAUGGACCUUUUUCCUCUACAGAUCCCGAUGAUAGUGUUAUCGAGAUAGACAGUGUUAUAAUAAGCGCGAGUCUAGGAGAAAAGCCGACAUUAGAGAGAAGGAAAAGCAGGAGGCGAUCUAAGACUGAAGAUGGCAAGAAGUGGACAUUGAGGAACAACAGUAAAGGAUUUAACAGACAUGGACCCCAAGAUUAGAAAAAUAACAAGGUAUGCAUAACUACAUGCAACUUCUACCAGUUUGUUCCAGUCACUACACCUGUAAACUCACCCUGAACAAGAACAAGAAGGAACAGUGAUAAAAAAUAUUUGAGGCUUCCAGUGCCAUGAAGACUGCUAAACCCUGAUGACUGGAUCUCUGCUGCCAUAGACUUACAGCAGAGCAAGCCUAGUCCCUGUUUUUGUGUCUGCUUACUUCAAAUAAAAAUUUUUGGCUAGUCCUAUCAACACCAAACCCCCCACCCAACCACCCCAACUCCAUGUUGAUGGCCCCUGACCGUCUAUGGAUUAUUACAACUGAGCACUCAACAAAAAUAAACAAGACAAGAACUUCUCAGAUUUUGAUGAAUGCAAUGGUGUUUCGAGUCCACCUUCAGGAGACGAGGACAAUGGAGCUUUAUUACCAAGAGAACACUUCGCUUCACUUUGAAGAUCAGCUGGCGGCCAUAUUCAUUGCCCAGUGGGACGUCUACUGUAAAAAAAAAAACAGUGGUCUUGUCAGGAGCAGAGAGAUCACCUGCCAGACAGUCCCUUAUUACACCAUGGACAAGACCACCCAGAAAUCGGCAGUUUCCACAAAGGAUACCAGCUGUAUGGCGACGCAGUCCAGUAUGUACGACGAAUACCGAACCCUGAAAAAAUCCGUGAAUGAUAUCAUAGAGAGUUCGAGGAUGACCCAGAAAUUAUCAAAGUUCAGUAGCCAUCAGGGACACAGUACUUCUCUAUUAAAAGAUCUAACAAAGCGGAAGCGUCAGAUUCAUCCUAAGAAGCAGUAUUACUUAGGCGAUCCAAAGAAGUUUAGUUCAGAAGAGCCUUUGGCACCUGACGGACGACCAGAUCAUCACGAGGUCGCGGGAGUAGAGGUCACCCGCCUCCUGAAGGGGUUGGGAUGCGUCGAGAGGCAGCUGUGCUCGAUUGAAAACCUCACAAACCUCCAAAUUUACACGAGUCACCCCACGCGUCAGGAGAACAAGAACCCGGAGACUGCUGUCAACGAAAAUAAGAAGACUGAGGAGCUGUGGACCUUUCGCAGUGACGUCACCGAAGGGUUGAGAGUGAACUGCAUCGUCUUCUGCAACGACUCCCCGUGGUUAAUUCUGGCGGCCUACGGCAACCUCUCCUUCUCAGAAGAUUCCGGAGGCGUUUUCUGUGGGUGGAGUGCUAAGAGGAUCGACCAGCCCGAGUUGUGGAUCAGCCUACCCUUGCCCGUCACAGUGGUGAGUUCAUGCCCUGUUGCGCCCCAGCUAUGCUGCAUUGCCCUCCUCGAUGGUACCAUACGUGUUUACCAGCUAGAUACCCCGACACCCACCCUAAUUAUGGAUACCAGCUGCAGCGUGGACAAGCACAGCGCUCCUGUGUGGGCGGUGGACUGGAGAGAAUCCUACGCCACGGUGGCCUCUCUGGGAUCCUAUUCCGGGAAGGGCGGAUCUGUCGCCUAUGCGGAGGACGUCGCUGAUGGAGAAGGAGGUCCUUCUGCUGAUGAUACAACAGGUCCUGCAAACAGGUCCCGGGUCCCGACGGGCAUUCCUCUUCCUUUGAACGGGUCAAGUAAACAGGAGAGAAGUGGCUACGGUCUAGUGUCAGUUUCUGAAGACGGGACCGUCAAGGAAUGGCUGUUCACAUUUUCCGGAUUAUACCGAUGCACGACUCUGAUGAAGGUUAGCGUCCCACCCUGGGUGUCUCUGGAGAUCGCAGGGGGUCUGCCUUCUUUGUUACCGAACGAAGAAGAGGAACACAAGGGUAAAUUCCCUCAGGUUCACGUUGGGUCAGGGAACUCCAGACCGGUCGUCUUGCUUCCAGAACUUAUUCCAGCUACCAGGCUUGCCUUCAGGCCUGGGGACAACACCACUUACCUUCUAGGCACGGUUUCUGGGGAUAUCCUGAUGUGCAAGACGUUUGAAAGACGGGGAACCCGUACCCUGUUCCGAGGGCACAGCUCCAUGAUCACACGUCUCGCCUGGAGGCCGAUGCCCCCAGAUGACGUCUGCAGCAUCUUUCUCUCUUCCGCCAUGGACGACACCAUCAGGAUCUGGCACGUCGACAAAAUGGAACCCCUGUGUGUCCUUAAAAACGUACAGGCAUCGGAGAGUACGGGCGGCUAUUCGGACGCCUGCUGGUGCCCCUGGUACAACAACAUCCUUGUGGGCGUGCACGGUGAGGGCUUUCACUUAUGGGACAUAUCUGUUCUCUCGCACGCGCCCAUACUCACCUACGAGGCCCACGGGGCGUCUUCCAUCAGUUUCAGUCCACAGGCCAAGAACGUGAUCCUGGGAUGCCGAGACGGCACCAUCCAAGUGGUCCACUUCGAAGGCAUCACUCCCACAACUUCCAACGUCUUCCAGAAGUUUUCGGCAGCCCUUUCCAAAAUAGCGAUGUUCAACCCUAAAAAGGAUUAAGCUUCCAAGGGCGAUGGAAGUCGUUAGAGGAACUUCCCCUCGAGAGCUGGCUAAAAAACGCAUAAACUUGAGAUCACGGGAGCUUCUCCAAAUAAUGGCCUCACUUUUUUGUUUUUUUAAGAGACUCAAGACCUCGGGUGGUAGUGACAUAAUGGAAUGAAAUUUCAGGUCCUGAAAGAACAAGAAGAAGAAGAAGUGGGUGAAGAGAAAGAAGAGACAGUGACGUAAAGGAAUUUGAAGUGCCUCGACUGGCGUCCAGAAAAUUGGGUCGUAAAAGAACUGUCCCGCUGGGAUACCGUUCAUGUAACGAGGUAACUCCCGUAGAUGUCAGUCGCUGGUACUGGUAGAACACAAGCAAGGGAGAAAUAGAACGAGCAAGGGAGCCGUUUUAUAGGCAAAAUUGCUACUGCUAUUACUAGUACUACUAAUAGGUAAGUGGAAGGGGAUUAUGUCAACUGUAGAGUUGGAGUUCUAUGAACUACACGUCGAUAGUAUAAUAUCAAGCAGGUAUCGAUUAUAGCUCCCUUUGGGUGAAAAGUUGUUCACAAGAAAGAAAGAAUUCAGUGUUGAACGAUGUUUGGAAAUGUAAAAAGGUUAAGCGAGUAUGUGACAAAGAUUCAUAUGUUUGAGUGUGUAUGUGUGCAUGCGUGCGUGUAUUGAUUCCGUAAGGGAAAUUUUAGACCUUUGUGAAGCAAGGGAGAAGAUUAGAUACCAAACAAAGCUAGCCAAGGUCUAACGCAGAGCGAAGGUAAACAAAUUGCAGAUAAUGUUGCUAAAUACGAAAAGAAACAAACAUCGGGAACAUUGUAAAAAAAAUAAAUUCCAUUUCGCAGAAACAGGCAAAGCAAACGCCAGCGUCAACUACCAUAGGUUCCCACAUCUUGUACCAUUCAUGCAAUGUAGAAUCCACCAAUCACUUGCAUGAAACAUUAAUGGCAUAGGUCAGCGUUAUGGAAGUAUUGCGUGAAGCUCUUCUUACGCCAUCAUUGUGUUAGUGAAUUAAUUAUUUCUCAAAAUUAAACCAUUUAUUGUCGAGUUCUGGAAUAGGCAUAUAUUAAGAAGGAAAACUUUAUCACAAUUUCGGCAUGGGUUUACCUUGUAAGCUUUAGGCUUUAGUAUGAUUUCAAGUUAAUUGAAAGGUAUCCCUCUAAGACUUUUA